AUGGAGCAAGAGAAGGCAUCUGAUGACGACGGUGACGGAAUAGAUGUUGGCUACCCACUUCGCUGGACCAAGUGGAACGAGGAAGACCAGUUCUACGUAUCGCCCGCGACCUUUGACAGCUGGGAGAACAUACAAGAGUCAGCGGCGCGUCUAAGAGAAGUCCACAACGAUGUAUUUUUUCACUCCCAGGGCCACAAAGCAACGUAUCUCGCCUAUGACGGCGUUCGCAAGGAGCUGCCCCCUGAAGGAACCCAGUUCGGCCUGGAGCUUUACGGCAUACAGGCCUUCCAUCAAAUUCAUUGCGUGGUAUGCCGCCCUUACUUCAUCGAUCCUCUUGAUUCUACUAAGGCUGAUACUACAUGCAAGUAUGUACUCCUCGAGUCGGUCGGCUGGGCGCGACACAACCGCUCCUCUCAAUGGCACGGCGAGCACGUCGCCCACUGCCUCAACACGCUGACCCAGGCGGCAACCUGUCUUGCGGACUCGCGGCCCUUUGCCUAUGUCGUGCAGAGCGGCCACCGCACCGACGGCCAGCAGAACUGGUGCCGUGACUUCGGCGCCCUGGUGGACUGGGUCAACGACCCGGUACGCGACCUCAACUUCCAUUACGAGCUGGACUGGAAUGACACCGACCAUUUCAUGCCCAUCUACCGCAACGGCUCCAUUGCAGGAAAGUCGGUUGAAAAGAGGGUCUGGUAA